UUAUCAUAUUAGUUUAAGCAAAAAUAAAUAGAACGCCACCAUCCAAUUCCUCCCUUUAAAAUCCCCUUUGAUCUCUCUCUUAAUAACAAGAUCUAUCGAAGCUUACUUCAAAACCUACCUCCCAAUUCUCUCUCUCUCUCUCUCUCUCUCUCUCUCUCUCCCCCCCCCCCCCCCCCCCCCCCCCCCCCAAUCUUUUCCUUAAUUUUCAUGAUCAUGGGGUCACGUUGGCACUUCGAACCAAUCUCAAAAUGUAGUACCGAGGGCCGAUUAGACCAAACGGUGGUUGCCGACUUAGAUGGGACACUUCUUUUGUCAACAAGUGCUUUUCCCUACUUCAUGCUCGUUGCUAUUGAAGCAGGGAAUAUUUUCAGAGGACUAGUACUUCUAGCUUCGGUCCCAUUUAUAUAUUUUACUAACUUUGUCAUAUCAGAAUCCAUAGCAAUCAAAACCUUUAUCUUCAUUUCUUUAGCUGGUUUAAAGAUUAAAGACAUCGAGCUCAUAUCAAGGUCCGUUCUGCCUAGGUUUUAUUCCGAGGAUGUUCAUCCUGAUACUUGGAGACUGUUCAAUUCUUUUGGGAAACGAUAUAUAAUCACUGCCAAUCCAAGAAUCAUGGUGGAGCCCUUUGCCAAAGACUUCUUGGGGGCCGAUAAGGUUCUUGGAACUGAACUUGAAGUGACAAAAUCAGGGAGGAGGGCAACUGGGUUUGUUAAGAAACCUGGUGUUCUUGUUGGAGAACACAAAAAAGAAGCCGUCCUUGAUGAAUUUGGAGCUAUGUCCUUGCCUGAUUUAGGCCUUGGAGAUGGAGAAACCGACCAUGAUUUCAUGUCAAUUUGCAAGGAAGGCUAUAUGGUCCCGAGAAUAAAUUCUAAGCCACUACCAAGAAACAAUCUUCUAAGCCGAGUCAUAUUUCACGACGGCCGUUUUGUACAAAGACCAACCCCGUUCCUUUCCCUCUUGAUUUUUUUAUGGUUUCCAAUUGGUGCUAUCCUAUCCAUUCUCAGAGUUUUUCUUAAUAUCCCUUUUCCUCAGCGAAUGUCAUGGUUCAUUUGCAAGCUUCUCGGAAUCAAUAUCAUCGCCAAAGGUAGUCCUCCACCACCUCCAACCAAAGGACGACGAAAAGGAGUCCUCUAUAUCUGCAAUCACCGUACGGUUUUAGACGCAGUUAUAACAGCAAUUGCAUUGGGAAGAAAUGUCAGUUCUGUUGUUUAUAGUGCAAGUAAAUUCACUCAAAUGACUUCGCCAAUUAAGACUGUUUCGCUUUCGAGGGAAAGAGAAAAAGAUGCAGCUAUUAUAAAACGCUUGCUUGAAGAAGGAGAUUUACUCAUUUGCCCCGAAGGAACUACUUGCAGAGAGAGAUUUCUUUUGAGAUUCAGUGCUCUUUUUGCGGAGCUUAGUGAUAAAAUAGUCCCCGUUGCUAUCAACACUAAACAAAGUUUGUUCUAUGGAACUUCUGUGAAAGGGUUUAAGCUUUUUGAUCCCUAUUUUAUGCUCAUGAAUCCAUUUCCGACGUUCGAGAUCACCUUCUUGAAUCAGCUUCCACGAGAGCUUACUUGCAGUGGAGGUAAAUCAGCCAUUGAAGUUGCAAAUUAUGUUCAAGGGGUUUUGGCUGAGACUCUUGGGUUUGAAUGCACGAAGUUGACUAGGAAGGAUAAAUAUGGUUUUCUUGCCGGAACAGAUGGUCUUGUUAAGUCCAAGGACUAAAAGGCUUAAAGGAUUCAGGCCCAUUCUACAUUGGGCCUUUUGAAUUGUGGGUAUUAUUAAAAAAAAGUCCGGUCCAAUAUAAUUGGUUUACGAUUUCCUAUUGUUUUAAUUAACCGUGUAUGUGAUGGCCCAUAAAUGUAAUUAUGAUGGUGGGAAGGUGUUGGUUCCAUGACUCUACAUAAACAAUUAAGGUACUUAAUUAUAAUUAAAGAAUUAUAUCA